CGGCUCCGCCGCGGUGCUCGGCUGGUGCCGCCGCAGCUCAGUCGCUCUUCCCGGCAGCGGCGUAACCCCGCGGAUUUACAGCCGGACCCCGCCGCGUCUCGCCGGCCUCCCUCCUUCCCUUCCUCCCUCCCCCGCUCCCGGCCGCCGCGAUGCUGCCGCACUUAGCCCUCCUGCUACUGGCCUCCGGCGCCGCUCGGGCUCUCGAGGUGCCUGCUGAUGGAAAUGCUGGAUUGCUGGCAGAACCUCAAAUUGCAAUGUUCUGUGGGAAACUCAACAUGCACAUGAAUGUGCAGAAUGGAAAGUGGGAAUCGGACCCCUCUGGCAUCAAGACUUGCAUCGGGACAAAGGAAGGGAUUCUCCAGUACUGCCAGGAAGUCUACCCUGAAUUGCAGAUAACCAAUGUUGUUGAAGCCAACCAGCCAGUUACGAUCCAGAACUGGUGCAAGAAGGGAUGGAAGCAGUGCAAUGGUCACCCGCAUAUUGUGGUUCCCUACAGGUGUUUAGUGGGUGAGUUUGUGAGUGAUGCCCUUCUGGUACCAGACAAGUGCAAGUUCCUUCACCAGGAAAGGAUGGAUGUGUGUGAAACUCACCUGCACUGGCAUACCGUUGCUAAAGAGUCUUGUAGUGAGAAGAGUAUGAAUCUGCACGAUUAUGGCAUGCUGCUUCCCUGUGGAAUCGACAAGUUUCGUGGUGUGGAGUUCGUUUGCUGCCCCUUAGCAGAGGAAAGUGACAACCUUGAUUCAGCUGAUGCUGAGGAUGAUGAUUCAGAUGUCUGGUGGGGAGGUGCAGAUGCAGACUAUGCAGAUGGAAGUGAUGAUAAGGCUGUUGAAGAGCAAGCAGAGGAAGAUGACGAACUAACUGUUGUGGAAGAUGAUGAUGCUGAUGAUGACGAUGAUGACGGCGAUGAAAUUGAAGAAGAGACUGAAGAAGAGUACGAGGAGGCAACUGAAAGAACUACCAGUAUUGCAACCACUACCACCACAACUACAGAGUCUGUGGAAGAAGUUGUCAGAGAGGUGUGCUCUGAGCAAGCUGAGACUGGUCCCUGCCGCGCGAUGAUCUCCCGCUGGUACUUUGACGUGGCCGAAGGAAAGUGCGCGCCCUUCUUUUACGGUGGCUGUGGCGGGAACCGGAACAACUUUGACUCGGAGGAGUACUGCAUGGCGGUCUGUGGCAGCGUCAUCCCUACCACAGCUGCUAGCACUCCUGAUGCUGUUGACAAAUACUUGGAGACACCUGGGGAUGAAAAUGAACAUGCCCAUUUCCAGAAAGCCAAGGAGAGACUUGAAGCUAAGCAUCGUGAAAGGAUGUCCCAGGUCAUGAGAGAGUGGGAAGAGGCAGAACGCCAAGCAAAGAACUUGCCAAAGGCCGACAAGAAAGCUGUCAUCCAGCAUUUCCAGGAGAAAGUAGAAUCACUGGAACAAGAAGCAGCAAAUGAGAGGCAACAGCUGGUGGAGACUCAUAUGGCACGAGUGGAAGCCAUGCUGAAUGACCGUCGCCGCAUUGCUUUGGAGAACUAUAUCACAGCCCUGCAGACUGUCCCACCCAGACCUCGUCACGUGUUCAACAUGCUGAAGAAGUACGUGCGUGCUGAGCAGAAGGACAGGCAGCAUACUCUCAAACACUUCGAACAUGUCCGCAUGGUAGACCCAAAGAAAGCUGCCCAAAUCAGAUCUCAGGUUAUGACACAUCUACGUGUGAUAUAUGAACGCAUGAACCAGUCCCUCUCCUUCCUCUACAACGUGCCGGCUGUGGCAGAGGAGAUCCAGGAUGAAGUCGAUGAAUUACUUCAGAAAGAGCAAAACUAUUCUGAUGAUGUUUUGGCCAAUAUGAUCAGCGAACCCAGAAUCAGCUACGGAAAUGAUGCUCUCAUGCCUUCAUUGACGGAAACUAAGACUACAGUCGAACUUCUCCCUGUGGAUGGAGAGGUCAGCCUAGAUGACCUUCAGCCAUGGCAUCCCUUUGGUGUUGAUUCUGUUCCAGCCAAUACUGAAAAUGAAGUUGAACCAGUGGAUGCCCGCCCAGCUGCAGACAGAGGACUCACCACACGACCAGGUUCUGGGUUGACCAAUGUUAAAACAGAAGAGAUAUCCGAAGUGAAGAUGGAUGCGGAGUUCCGGCAUGACUCAGGAUAUGAAGUUCAUCAUCAAAAGCUGGUGUUCUUUGCUGAAGAUGUGGGUUCAAAUAAAGGUGCCAUCAUUGGACUAAUGGUGGGAGGUGUUGUCAUAGCAACAGUUAUUGUCAUUACUUUGGUGAUGCUGAAGAAGAAGCAGUACACAUCUAUCCAUCAUGGGGUUGUGGAGGUGGAUGCUGCAGUGACACCAGAGGAGCGCCACCUUUCCAAGAUGCAGCAAAAUGGCUAUGAAAAUCCCACCUACAAGUUCUUUGAACAGAUGCAGAACUAGGACACCACAGCAGCCUCACGAGUUGGACAGCAGAAUGAUUGCUUCACUGCCCAUCGGUGUUCAGUUAUAGAAUAAUGUGGAAAGAAAGGAAAAACAAACACUCUGUUUUAUUAUUUACUCAUUCUCGCCUUUUGACAGCUGUGCUGUAACACAAGUAGAUGCCUGAACUUGAAUUAAUAAAAUCAGUAAUGUAUUUUCUCUCUCUCUCUUUCUCUUUACAUUUCAGUCUUUACACUACAUUAUUAAUGAAUGUUUUUUGUGUACUGUAAAGAGGCUAGCUGUAUUUAACUAGUGCAUGGAUAGAUUCUCUCUCCCAAUUAUUUAUCACGUAGCUCCUUAGCCAGUUGUAUAUUAUUCUUGUGAUUUGUGACAAAAACUAAGUCCUGAUUGAAAUAUGCUUUAAGAAUUGAUGGGGGAUGCUUUCCGUGUCUGUGGGGUUUAGCUGCUUCUCUUUGCUGAGCUACUUCUUCUUUUUGUUUCUGAUCACUAUGCAUUUUAAAGGAAAACAACGUUUUUUAAAAGGUAUUCCAGAUGAGUUACUGAAAUUCUUUUCCCUCUGCAGCUGCAUUUUAUUGUACAGAUUGUUGCUCCUGCUGUAUUAGUGACGUAGAAAUCAUGGGAAUACGCAUUCGUUUCUUUGUGCCUGUUUUAUGUGCACACUUUAGGCAUUGGAAGGUAAACUUCUAUUUUCUUUUCCAUGUAUCUUUUUGAUCUUAAAAAAAAAAGACAACAAAAAAAAAAUAUUAAAAAGAAUCCCUGUUAAUUGUGAGCACUUCUUGGGGUGGGGGGUGGGGAAAGUGCCUGCUGGUUGAAAAUUAACAGGGAUCCUCUGCAGGAUGAUUGUACAGAACCAUUGCUUAUGAAUUGAUAGCUUUCUACACUGUGUUACAUAAAUAAAUUAAGAAAAAAAGAACGUUUGGGCAAGAGUUUUCUUUGCAGGCAGAAAGCAGAAGUUUUCUAAAAGCCACUUAAAUGGCAAAGUGGAUGGAUGUUCACACUGAGAGAGGGCUGAGAAGGGAUUUACCUACAAGGAUCACGGCACUCGCAGUCAGACCAGAGCAGAAGGGAGAUGGCAGUGAGAUGGGGUGGGGAGUGAAGGGCACUGACUUUAGAACACCUGCCUCUCUAAGAUGUCUUCUUUUCCUUUUUUUUUCCCUUUUCCUUUCUUUCAGUUUGUAUAAUAGUGUUUUAAUGUAAAUAAAUACAUUCCU